GUCGUUCAAGCAAUGGAGACAUCUUAAAUCGUCUUAUCAAAACAAUGAAAUCAGCUUCCAAAGAAAUAAUUGAAGUUUGCAAUCACAAUGUGAGUUAGGAUUUUCUGAACUGAUUUCGUCUCCUGAGUGAGGGUCCCACUGUGAAGUAACCAUGAAGAGAGGAGCCCAGUCAUCUAACUUCUACAUGCCACUGAGGGGUGGGGAAAACCAAGCUAAACUAGCAGAAAAGUAUGAGCAGUACUGGGACUCGGACGAAGACAACGAACCUCAAGAGUCGGAUCGAGGAAAGGUCUCAGACUGGAAACUGGAUGACUCGCAAUGGCUUCAGUCAAAAGGCACACAGAGAGGAACCCCAGCGAGUGGAUACCGUCCAGCGACUAAAGCAAAAACUUCCAAAACAAAGGUGGUGAAGGAAUCUGUGUCACAGUUCGGUCGCAAUAAAGACAGAAAGGAUCAGACGACACCAUCAAAGUACUCACCACCUCAUAAGGAAUCUCAGGGUACGUUAAAAGAUGUACCAAGGUCAAGGGAACUUUCUGAUGACGGAGGAAGGAAGGUGAAUGUAGUAACUGAUGAUUUUAUUGAAAAUUAUUCUUCAAGUGAUGAAGAAGUGGAAGUGAAGGAAGAGUCUGGGGACAGAGUUGGCCCCUCAAAGACUGGCAGCGCUGUGGAAGGCUCAAAGAUUGGCAGCACUGUGGAAGGUUUCUCUUUGAGUGACACAGAACGACCGAAAUUGGCCGUGUCUCCAGUGGCUGCCAAAGUGGACUUCAGGUUGUCGGCAGACGGAGUAGAGCCCCCUGUUCAGGUUCCUGCGACAAUCAACCAGUAUCUGCGAGACUAUCAGCGAGACGGGAUACGGUUCUUGUACCAGCAUUAUGUCAACAACACGGGGGCUAUUCUUGGUGAUGACAUGGGCCUGGGGAAAACCAUACAGGUCAUAGGAUUUUUGUCGGCAUUGCUGGGCAAGAAAGGCAACCAUAAGGAUGUGAAGCUGCCCAAGUUUAUCAGACAGCUUUCAGGUGACCAAUCAGACAGCCCGCCUGCCCCGAGUUCCGGACCUUUCCUAAUCAUUGGGCCGAGCGCCGUCCUGUAUAACUGGCUGGAUGAGCUGAACACCUGGGGGUAUUUCACAGCCAGCAAAUACCACGGGGCCGACAAGGACGCCUGUCUGAAGGAUGUGGGGAGAGGGAAGCUGGAGAUUGUCGUGACCACGUUUGACACGUUCAGAGACAAUGUUGCGAUUCUCAAUGAAAUUGUCUGGGAUGCAGUGAUAGUGGAUGAAGUGCACAAAAUUAAGGGACUGAGAGCACAGGUGACUCAAACUCUACGCAUCAUCAACACGCCGCGGCGAUAUGGUCUCACCGGAACGGCCCUGCAGAAUAACAUGACGGAGCUGUGGAGCAUUCUUGAUUGGGCACAGCCGGGCGUGCUGGGGAAUCUGGAGCAGUUUGAGAAUGAGUACGUGCAGGUCAUCGAGACUGGCCAAAGGCAUGACGCAUCCAAACGAGAACUGGCGCUGGCCAGAAAACAGAAAGACAAGUUUUCGCGGGUGAGGAGGAAGAUGAUGAUACGAAGGACGAAGGCUCUGAUUGCCCAGCAGUUGCCCAGUAAAGAGGACCUGGUGGUGAUGUGCCGACUGUCGCAGCUACAGGAGAGCGUGUACAAGGCCAUCCUGACACACCCUGAUAUGGAGCUGGUGCUACGUGCAGAGGACCCGUGCGACUGUCGCAAGGGGAAACUACGUGCUUCUUGCUGCUACAAGUUGCUGGACAUUAUUGAGCAGUAUGUGAUAGGUCAAGGUCACGAGUACAGGCGUAUCGAUGGCAAGGUCAGCAGUCAGAAGCGCAGAGACAUCGUCCAUCAGUUCAACAAAGACGGGAACAUCUUCCUCUGUCUCAUUUCUACCAAGGCUGGUGGUCUGGGUCUGAACCUGACCGGAGCCAACAGAGUGGUCAUCUUUGACCCCAACUGGAACCCCAGCCACGACCUGCAGGCACAGGACAGAGCGUAUCGUAUCGGGCAGACGCGGGACGUGAAGGUCUACCGUCUGGUGUCUGCCGGCACCAUAGAGGAAAAUGUCUACCUGAGGCAAGUCUACAAACAGCAACUGGAUGAAGUGGCCGUGGGCACGGGCAACGCUCGCCGCUACUUCCUGGGUAUCCAAGGAGACAAGGACAACAAGGGGGAGCUAUUUGGGAUCAAAAACAUGUUCUCUCUCCGCACGGGAAACUCUUGUCUCACCAUGGACAUCCUCAAGAGAAAUGAAAAGCUUGAGAAGGGUCUCGCCAGUUUUUCCAUCGCUCAGUACAUUCCACCGAGACAAGCUGCAGGUGGUGGUGAGGACUCGGAGAAUGAAAGCGACUCUGGUGGUGGUGUUGGUGACGGCGGUGGUGGUGUCUCUGAGGGGGAGGUCAGUUCUGACGAGGAAAGAGAAGAAGAUGAGCAGUUUCUGAGAGAACUCUUUGGCUCUGACAGAAUACCACUGACAGUUCACGGCCGAAGUCGUGAGAAGAUUCAUGGCAGUAAGAAACGAAAGCGUGACUCAGUUACUGAUGACAGCAGAAGUUUGGUCAGACAUGCAGAUGUUCUGGAAGAUGAAGACUCCAGUCUCAGAGGUGAUGAUGAAGAUGAUGGUGACAAUGAUGAUGGUGGUGAUGAUGAUGACAACAACAACUCCGAUGACGACGACGAUGGAUUUCCUUUCCUUCGUCGGCUGCGACACAAACUACAAACUCCUCCCCCGAGGCAGAUACAGACAGACUCCAACGUUCGCUGCCCAGAUAGUUCUGAGACACACGGAGAGGGGAGUCCUACAGUUUCCGAUAUCACUUUCUCGACUGCUGCGCCGCGGACUGAGAUAGACAUUCCCACUACACGAGAAGCUGCUGGAGAUUCCCUCACCUUCUCUUCUCCGGGCCCGUCUCGGUUACGAGCAGGUUCGAACCGUAGGUCAACCACGGUGAGAUCAGGGUUGUCAUGGUUAUUUUCUUCUGAAUCUGAGGGUUCUGUUGAUGAGGAGACUGACGAGAAAUCUUUGGUAAAGUCCACAAGUGAUAAUAAGGUCGCCAAUGUCGUUGGCGUGACAAAAUCGAUUAAGACCUCGACAGUAAACAAAGCUAUUGACGAGGCCAAAGUGUCGAAAUCUCCACGACUAAAGGACAAACACGCUCACUGUGUCGGUAAAGGACGGGAGCGAGACAAAUUUGUUGAUGAAAAGAAAGAAGCCAGUAAAAGAAACGUGGAGGUGGCCGAUCCUAAAGGGAAGUCGUCAUCAGCGAUAUCAUCGAGCAGUAAAAAGCGGAAAUUUUCAUCAGAGCUAUCAGUGUUAGAGAGUGAAGGUGUCCUCCACACACACAUCAACCCGCGCGUCGUGGGCUCCAGCAAGGCAGAGGAUCAUAUGACGCGCUGUGCCAUGCAGGACGUGUUUGAACUACACACCAACACACAGGCACCAGCUGUGCAGUGCGAUCCGCUAAUAGAGGAAGAAGAAGAGAAGGAAGAUGAAAAGAAAGCCUCAAAGCUGCCUGGACGAACGAAAGGAGGAGUGAGAGAAGAAGAGCACAACAAGCCGCGAUGUGUCAAGUCUGGUUCUUUCAAACUGUUGCUUGGUCAGACUCCGCCCACCAUCACCAGACAACACUGGCAGGAGCUGUGCGAGUCCAGAGGCCUGGACCAGGUCGCUAUGGCUCAGUCAGUGCUGGAGUUGAGCGUGGAGGAGAGGGCAGACAUGUUGCGAGAGUUUUACUGUCGGAGACACCCACAGCUCACCGACGCUCUGACUGCCGCGCUCACUCCCACUCCCAAACUUCCGGCUCCAAAGGAGAGUGUCAAAGUGAAGAAAUCUGUCAAAAAGCCUCCUAGAUUACGACAAACAGCGUCCACUAAAAAUAAAUCAUCCGAAUCCACCGGCAGACCACGGUCAGGGCGGGGGAAAGGGAAAUCUGCUGUGUCUCACCCAGCAAAGUCUCGGAGAACAUCUAGAGGCGGGAGGAGGAGGGACCACUUGAUGAUGUCGUCGCUGUUUUAUGCGGAGACAAUGAGGUGGGAGUCGCAGGAGUCAGUCACGGCUCAUUCACCUGAUCGUGACCUCGAUGACUGCGUUUCCCAGAAUUCUGAGGGAUUCGCUCCUGUUCCCCACGCACAGCGAAGACGGGCAAAAACACCCUCGCCAAAACCGUCACCCUCCAAGUCUGGCCUCACUCGUAUAAGGCGGAAAGGUCAGAGUUCGUCCAGUAGAGAUCGCGACAACACAAACCUUUUUGCCCCAUCUUGUUCGUAUGUCCCCACCACUGUAGACCCCUCCCUCAGCACUAUCGUCGACGAACUACAGAGUUGUGAAGAUGUUGAGUCCAGAAGUCUACAAGACAACUCGGUUUGUCCGACAACUACGGAAGAUGUUGAUGAUCUCCUGGUCGAGAUUGGAAAAAGAUCCUCACAGACGGCAAACAGAAGGAAAGUAGGUCAUGGCGAGGCAAACCCUGCACCGUCUUCUUCUUCUUCUUCUUCAGCCUGGAGGACAAAGACAGGCAGGUCAGAGCGGGAAGGUCGGGAUACAUCGCGGGCUAAAAGUGGCCGAAAAACUUACAAGUCCUUGCUAGACAAUAUAUUCUCUCUGUCUUCUGGGGAUGAGGACAUGGCUGAACCACUUGAUGCAGAGAAGAAGGAGCAAACAUGUGUAAAUAAAGACCCACCUCACAAGUCAGAGACAGAGAAGCGAGUACAGAUAGACGUGCGCACAUCUCAGAAGUCGAACACCCGAUCUACAAGUUCCAGAAUCACGGAGCCCGAUCUUUCAGCUGUUGCCACCAGUUCUAGAAAUUUCUCCAUUGACAGGGCUGGACCGGAAACUUCUGCAGGCCACGAGGAGGAAGAAAACAGUGACCAGGACAACUUUGAUGACUUUUUGAACAACAGCACACUCAGAGAUGACCGCAUUGAUUGUUUCGCUCCGUCGGAUAAGAAGAAAAGUUGGAGAAAAACGCCGCUCAAAAGCACGGUUCAUUUCAGCUGGAAGAGACGUUUGAACAACAUGGAGGACCUGGAGAGAGAAGAUGAAGGUCAGACCAGUUGGCAAAGAGAUCAAGCUGGAGAGGACGUUGUUCUGGAUGAUUCCGACAGUUUAUUUUCAUAAGGUUUGGACCGUAUAACACGGAUAGGUUGAACACAGAAGACUCGAAAUCACACACCCAUCGCACUGUGUCUGCGAUCCCGUUUUUUUUUCUUCUUUAUCUUUGUAAGUUACCCCUCAAAGUCAAACUACGGAUCCCUCGAACUACCGAGGCCAGUCCCGACAAAUUCGAGUUAUCCGUGUUAUACAUUUUCACUUCCUGUUUUUCGUCUUUCAAUACAUCUGCCUGCUGUUCAGAGUAGGCUACUAAGUUAACUGAACUCAAAAUUUUGAAACACCCCCAUCAACACAAUUUAGAUUUAUUUAGGAGAUGGGCUUUGACCGUGC